AUGUCUACUUUGCUCCUCAAUCUGGAUUUUGCGGAACCUCCUCCCAAAAAGGCCUUAAAGGGGAAUUCCAAGCACCAGAGUUUUGUCAGGAAACGGCGGUUCUUGGAACAGAAAGGCUUACUGAAAAAGAAGAAGCAGGUGUCUAGAGUGCUCGCAGACACAGCAAAGAAAGAGGAAAGCCUCAAGGUAGAGGGCACUGGGAGAGUACCUCCACUACCUUACAAAAGAAAGACACCUGCCUCCAGCAGUGGGUCAGAACAAUCCCUGGACAAGAAAAUGGCAGUGUCCUGGCUGACUCCUGCUCCUUCACAAAAGGGUCAUUCUGUUGCCACUAAAGUAGAUUUCCUAGGGGAAUUCCAGAGUGCCCUUCCAGAGAUUAAGAGCCACAAAACCUCCCAGAAGAAACGUUCCCAGAAGAAACCCUCUCAGAAGAAUGCCUCACAAAACUCUACUCUUGCUCACUCAGAGAAUAACUCUGGAGUAUCCCAAGAGAUGCCAACAAAGAUGGUGGCAGUUGACUGUGAGAUGGUGGGCACAGGGCCCAACGGAAAUAUCAGUUCCUUGGCUCGAUGUAGCAUUGUCAACUAUAAUGGUGAUGUACUUUAUGAUGAGUACAUUCGCCCCCCCUGUCACAUUGUAGACUACCGGACCAGGUGGAGUGGUAUCCAAAAGCAACACAUGGUGAAUGCUACACCCUUCAAAAUUGCUCGGAGCCAGAUCUUGAAGAUACUUGCAGGGAAGAUCGUGGUAGGACAUGCUGUCCACAAUGACUUUAAAGCCAUGCAGUACAUUCACCCCAAGUCCCUCACCCGAGACACAUCCCAUAUCCCUCUCCUCAACAAGAAGGCUGACUUUCCAGAGAAUGUUACCAUGUCUCUGAAGCGUCUCACCCAGAAGCUGCUGAACCGCGACAUUCAGGUUGGGGACAGUGGGCAUUCCUCUGUGGAAGAUGCUCAGGCCACCAUGGAACUGUACAAGUUGGUUGAAGUUGAAUGGGAACAGCACCUGGCGCAGAAUCCCCCCGAGGACUAG